AUUCGUAUAAAAGCUCCUGUUUAGAUUCAUCAGUAUUCACUUGACGAGAUUCACUUGAACACUCAGCAAUGGCAGCAAAGGUUGUAGUUCUUACCGCUCUGGUGGCGUUAGCCCACGCAUCAGUUGUACCAGUAGCGAAAGUAGACAACGAUUACACCAGCUUCGCAUACGACGUAGCUGAUCCCUACACCGGUGACUUCAAGAGCCAAGUGGAGACCAGGUCUGGAGGUCUCGUUCAGGGCCAAUACUCUCUUCUCGAUGCUGAUGGCACCAAGCGUACCGUAGACUACACAGCCGAUGAUGUCAAUGGAUUCAACGCUGUUGUACGCAAGGACCCAGCUGUGAUCACUGAAACUGUUGCCGCCCCAGCCGCCGUUGUUGCACCAGCCGUUGCUCCAGCUGUUGUUGAGGCUCGCGUUGGCUCAGCGGUUGUUUCUGCUGCUCCCGCUGUGGUUGCGUCUGCCCCCGCCGUCGUCGCAUCUGCCCCUACCGUCGUUGCUUCCGCCCCAGCUCUUGUAGCUAAGACUGUCGCUCCUACAUACUACGCUGCCGCUGCUCCAUCUUUGGUAGCGACCAGGUCUUACGCUCCCUCGGUUUACGCUUCAGCUCCCUCAGUUUACACUUCUGCUCCCUCAGUUUACGCUUCAGCUCCCUCGGUUUACGCUUCAGCACCCUCAGUUUACGCUUCCGCUCCCGGUUUCACCCGCACCUACUCAUACGCUGCGUCUGCUCCCGUGGUAUCUCACUCUGCCCCAGCUAUCGCUGGAUCCUACGCACCUUACCUGACUCGCUACGCACCUACCCUGUACUCAGGCAACUCUUACUUGGCUCCUGCCCAGUACGCCCGUUACGCUUCUCCUUACUACUCCACUUACUGGUAAACGAUAAUCGAUUAUAUUGAACCAAAUGUUACUCGUGUAGUGUAAAUAGUAUGUUGUACAUAAACAUCUGUUAAAUAAACGACAUAUAAAUUA